AUGCCCACGGAAUGGUCUUCACCGCUCACGAGAACAACUCGCUUGGACGCAUAUCUGUCAAUGCGAGCCGAAUCAACUCCAACCGCCGACCGCCGAACUUCCAAGCACAAUCGCUCCAACACACGUCCUUCCUCAAAACCGCAAAAUGUAGACUCACCUCGUCCCAGUGGGCUGUACGAAUCGCCUUCUGUCCAGGAUCGUAUCCGACAAUGGCAGGCUCAAGGCGCAGCAAAUGCCUUGGCCCCAGACGCAGUGAGCGUCCGAUCGAUUCCCAUUUCUGAAUGCCCCUCCACCGUGUCGAGACCCGAGUCGGAAUGCGGAAAUGAGACGAGAAGUCGGAUCGGCGGAAGAGCCAGGGCCAAAGCUGAAGAGCAGCAGGAGAGGGAAAGGAGCUCUAGUGCCCCGCGAAAGCGUAUUAUCAGCGAUGGUCACUGGAAGACACAAAAGCAAACCAGAGAGAACCAGGAUGGAAAAGUUGGAACCAGCCGACGGCCCGAAUCACGAUUGUAUGACCUCUCCUAUACCUCGAAUCAAGAAAAGACCAAAGGGCGACGACGCUCAAGAACAAAGCAAUAUUCGAAUGCCGAACAAGGAGCGGAACAAGCAAUGCCGCAUGACGACGGCAUUAGAGUGGCACCAAUUCCAGACGACGACCAAGCACACGAGGCAAUAUCGCCGCCAGCUUACGACUUAGAGAGCCAAGCGGACGAAGAUCUUGCUCGACACUUGACUACCGAGUCUAUCUUGUCCGGAGAUUUUGGGAGACAUGCCCACGACCCAACAGGGCAGGACGAGGACGAGGACGUUCCUGGCAAUUGGAGACCAAGCAAAUAUGCCGAGUUGUUGGGGAAGCCUCCGGAAGCCUCUUUGGGUGGACAAGCGCCCAAAUCCAAGAAGGGUGGAUUGUUAGGCAAGACCAGAGGCAUGUUCGUCAAGUCCGAGACGCUCUCUUCCCCCGGCAACAGGCUACCCAGCAUUGAAGCGUGGCUUGACGAGCAACCCGAUCCCUUUGUCGAAAAGGACGGCUUAGAAGAGCAGCCACCAGUCGAAGUGCCCCAGCCGUUGAAGAAACGUACGCACCGGAAGAGAUCCUCUACCGAGAAGUCUAUCACCCCCGAUCCCAAUCAGAUAUGGAAUUCCAUUUCACCUCAGCAGGCUGAAUCAAGCCCCAAUCAUACCCCAAGGCCUGGUUAUUCCGUACCCUCGCCCAACGCAAACCAGAAGUCCUCGGCAGACUUUAGCAAUGGUGCAAAUGAGGCCCAGGAUGGAAAUGAUGGCUCACCCUCAACCCUACGAAGACGAGGUGCGAAAGUUCGCCGCCAGCGAGGCUCGAGCAGGAAAGAGACGCCAUCGGUUGAAGCCUCCCCAGAACCCACAGUGUCACAGGCAGACAUUUCUCCAGCUGAGAACGCGGAUAUCAGAGCUCCUAGCCUACCUCAACGACCGUGUCCCCCAACAGGCCCGCACCUACUUUCAACGAUUCAGUCUGUGGAGACUCUCAAAGAAAUCGAUCCAAAGCCUCUGGCUGAUGAAGGGAUCCCCGGACAAGUUUGCGACCUCAAACGCAGGCUGACCACCCACGAAGAUUUGAUGUCAGUUCUGUCUUUGCCGAGAGGCAGCCGACCCCGUCGAUCGAGACGCAGAGCGAGACCUACCCAGGUGAAACCUCAGUCAAGCUCAGCGCAAGAAAUACUCGCCGCGGUGGUUGCCGACGAAGAAAAUUAUUCACGGGAAUUGCGAACCUUGGUCGACGGUGUCAUUCCAGUCUUGCUCCAAUGUCUUCUGUCUAAAACAGACGCGGCGGCUGCGGCUGGACUGUUCACUUCGGCAUCGCCCCAAGAUGGCCAGAGCAUCACCAGGCCCAUCAUUGAUAUGGGGAUCGCCCUGGAAAGAUUGAAGGCCCUGCAUAAUCGACUGCCUUCCCAGGAUUUGGACAGUCUCCUCAACUGGGCUCAAACAACGGAGAAAGCAUACAAAGACUACCUGCAAGCGUGGAGACUCGGCUUCCAAGACGUGGUUGUCAACCUUGCACCACUGGAAAAUUCAUCAGCCCUAGAGCAAGGCAUGGCCAGAGACGAGGCUGGCGAUAUAGUAGACGCUGCAGGCAAGAAGGUCGACGUUGCCUAUCUGCUGAAGAGACCGCUUGUGAGAGUCAAGGCUCUAAGCAAGACUUUUGCCCGAAUCAAGGAUGAGUACGACGUGCCUCUUGCCGUACAGAUGGCAAACACUUAUGCUGAGCUGACAGCAUUUGCUAAGAGACGGAACCAAGAAGAACAAGCUAGACUGGAAGAUGAGGCUGCUGCCAACAUUGAUGCGACAAGAGCGCGCGAUAUUAGGACCAUGGCAGCAUCAGCUCACAUCACUGUCGACAAAACUCGCCGCGUCAGGGCAAGAGACGUUUUCAACCUCACAAUCUAUCACUCUAGUGGACAAAGGAUGGAUUGUAGCGUCGAACUGGUCUUUCGAGACAACGCCCGUGGUGAUCCAACUGGUGGAGAUGUCCUGGUCUGUGAAAUCGACGACACAGGGAAGUGGCUUCUCUUUGCUCCCUUGGAGCUGAGCUCGGUAUCAGCAAGACGUGGCGAGGACGGAUUCGAUCUUGUCAUCAUGAUUCGGGGUCGGGCAGGUUUUGGACAGGAAUGGCACGAAUUGUUGGCCUUGAAGACGGACGAUAAAGAGGCCGUGGCAGAAUGGAUGGAUAUGCUUGGUUCAAAGCCGCUGCCCCCAAGGUUGAACCGUACACCAAGUUUUGUGAGACGACCUUCACCUCUGGCCACUGCAACUACCGCUGAGGCCGAGUCUUCCUCAUCCAAAACCACGAGUCAGUCAGUCGAUGAAAGCCCUGCAACUGCAACCGAAUAUCUGGACAUACCUAUCGGCGAGCCUUCUGUCCUAGGGGCAAGGAAUGACUCGAGUCGGCCCAAGCCUCCGAAUGAUCGACCAUCACCACGGUUGAACCUUGGGGGUGGACUCGCGUCGAAACCUCUUCCCACUCCCCAGUUUCAGCAAUCCUCGACUGUUCCGCGACGACGCCCAGUGUCGGUCCCAUCAGUCGUGUCUUCCGAUCGAUCGACCAUUUCAGACCGUUCCAUACGGGAUUAUGCCACCAUAUUCACCUCGUCAUCAUUGUCGUCGUCGUCUAAGACUACGGUGACUAACCCUAGUGACGUGUCUCAGGGCAAAAAUCCUGAAGCAGUGCGAUCCCGUCCACCCCCAACUUACAAGGCCUCCGACGAAGCGAAAACCCAGGUUGAGGGCCACAAAGAUGCUGUCUUAACAAAGCCCAGCCAACCAGUCAAUGUCAGGAAUGAUUACAAUAGUCCUCCGAUAUUAGACCAGACACAGAAAUCAAGAGCAAGCGCAACGGAGCCUCCCAUACUGGAGGCACAGACGGCUAGCACUAAUUUCAACUCUUCCAAACCUUCCCCCAAACCAUCACCGCAGAGACCAGAAUAUCAUCGAGCUAUUUCCUCUACCCCAUCAAAAGACCUACCAACCGUCAACAAGCUUCGGACCCUUCAAGCCCACGAGAGUCCGUCGUUGUCUCAGCCAGAGAGACAAGCUUCAGGGACACAGCAAACAACUCCUGUGCUUGAGCAGUUGCAGCAACGGUCAAAACGGGAUCAAAAGAGUUCAGCCAAGAGCCAACUAUACACCGAAGAUAUACCAAGUCCGCCAGAGCACAAAACGCGUCAAGAUCGCCCCUCUGUCCCCGGCUUAGGAUCUUCGUCCCCGCCAGCCACACCGCCUCACAAUCCCAGGAUUCUGCAGCCGAUAUCUAGCAAUAGACCCAGCCCUGUAUUGAAAGCCACCCCGAGUCCAGCAGGCAAGGCGGUAAGGCGGCGGACAUCCUCACCCUUGAAGCAUGAAUAUGAACCUUCCACGGACUCUGACAGUUCAGGCUACGAUUCGGAUAGCGACAGCAGUUCGUCUUCUGACACUUCAGACGACUUCGUGUCGGAGCAUGGGGACAGACCAACACCACUUGUGGCCAUCAAGCCAGCGGAGGGUCGAAUAUCAAAACAAUAUAUACCCCCACCUUCAAUCAAAUCCACCGGAACCCGAACACUGGCUCCUUCAGACUCUGCCUCCCAGGGACCUUACCGCAAGGUUCCCGCAUCGACCACAAUCUCAGCGAACAAGAAAGCGAGGACAAUUGCUUUGAUUUGCUCGUGGUCGGACAAAGGCAUGUGGGAGCAGAUUUAUCCCGACGAGUGCUCCAUUGUAAUCUCACCCGGUUUGAUUGAAGCCUUUGAGAUGUCAGCGGCCCAUUCUGAUCCUCAGAACUCCUCGACCAGUCGCUUAUUUGACGACCAUGGGCCAGGAAAGGACUCCAUUUCUCAGCAGCCCCUGGUAGCUUUCGAAUUAACGCCCAUCGUUCCGCUGCGCAGGGGCACUGCACUGGACAUCUCUAUACGGUCUCCUCCUACAGCAAACUCCAAGAUCAGAACAACCAAUAAUGUUAUGUUCCGUUCGCGGAACCCCGAAGAAUGUGAAGCAUUGUAUGGAAUGAUCAACUGGGCUCGGUGCAAUAACCCAACGUAUAUCCAGCUGCAAAAUGCACGGCCUCGUCGCCAACCUUCAGUGACUUUCAAUGUCGGACAAGCUCAACAUAGUCGGUCGAGGGCGAGUUCAUGGUUUAGUUUUGGGAGUCAGAAGAAAUCGAGUUACCGGGCUUCAUCUGCUCCAACACCCGCUUCAAUCGACAUGUCAGUGGAGAGCUCGGGGACGAUGACCAGCGCCUUCUCGGCGCUGAAGAGACUCGGCGUCAGUUCCGCCUUCAAUCUCAAUCGAUCUUCGGUUAUUCGCAGAUAUGGUGGAGGUGGCACAGGCGAGUCUCUGUAUUCCUCCAGCAGUGGGACUGGAACAGGUUCGGGUUCAGGUACACCCCCGCCCAGUCAGCUUGGUUUCAUACCAGGGAAAGAUGGACCGAACGUCCCAUCGACCAGUGCAGCUGCCGCAGAAGGGGGAGGCAUGGUCAACAAUAUGAAAAUCCGACUCUAUGUCAGAAAGGGACAGCAUUGGGAAAACCUGGGGGCCGCUCGUCUCACCGUUCUUCCAGCACCAUCAUCCGCCGCAGCAGAAAGUGGCCAAUCGACUCCAAAUCGAACCGUAACUCCAGGGGCAUCUCCCCAAGCAAUAGCCGGUCCUCCUCGAUCUCCGUCAAACAUUGCAGGCGCAGGCCAAGCAGGACAAAGCCGUGGACCUCGCCUCCCGAGCUCGAGCCAUACUCCCCAUCGCGUCCACGGCAAUGGUCGCGAGAAGCGUAUUCUCAUCACUCAGAACAAGAACCGCGACGUUGUACUGUUGGACAGUGUGUUGGGUGAAAGCUGCUUCGAACGCGUCAUGCAGACAGGUAUUGCGAUGAAGACUUGGAGCGAGGACGAGGUCAUUGCUGAGACGGGCGGCGUGACCAUGGGUAAGGAACGGGUGUACAUGAUGCAAUUCCCGGGUACGAGGGAGGCAGGCUGGGUCUUUGGUCUGUGUGGCACCUAUCGGUACGGCGCUGGAGGGAUGGAAUAA